AAAAAGGAAAAAGGAAAAAAAACAUGCCACCCCAAUCCCUCCACCAUCGCCGAACCCACAACCUCCUCCUAAUCGCCCGCCUCCUCUCCCUGCGUGACGGGGUAUCCCCGUUCACACUGCUGCUGGACUCCCUCUCCCAAUCGGCGCGACCACUGCUGCGGGAAUACAUCCGGCGCCAGCAGAGCGGUACGCGGAUGAUAUUCGUCUCCUUCGAAACGGCGGUGGCGCCGGAAGGCGUGAGCGUGUUUAUUAAGGCCCGCGGGAAGGAGUUGGUCGAGCUGCAGCGAGAGAUUCGCGGUGCGGUUGGUAGUGGUAAUGAUAAUGGUGGUGGUAGUGGUAGCGGUACUCGUUCGUCCCCUAUAUCUAUCGGGCUUACGGGGUGCAGGUGGAGGGCUAAUUUGUGGGAUGAUAGGAGCGUUGUUGAUAUUGGAUAACUUGAAUACUCUAUCGACCACACACCCGCAGUCUCUCACCUUGUUUCUGUCUUCGCUGUUGACGCCUGGGAUGGUGUUGCUGGGGGUUUACCACCUUGACCAACCCGUCCCUUCCCCCUCCUCCUCGUCGUCACCUCACACGGGUCCACAGCCACUCACGCUGCUGAGAUAUCUCUCCACAACACUCGUGACAACUCACUCGCUCCCGCACGUCCUCUUGCGGAAGCGACACAAAGAUGUGUCCCUCCCGCCGCCAAUGUGGGGACUAGACGAGGGCGUGGAGGGGGUUCUGGUUGGGCUGGGGUCGAACGCGGAAAUGGUUAUUGAAAUGGAGUACAGGAGGAAAUCUGGACGGGCUGUGCUAGAAUGGUUUGUGAUAGGGGAAGGGAAAGGAAAGGAAGGGGCGGGGAAGGACGAGGUUAUCCUUUUAGAGGAUCAUCCGCUCUGGAGGGUUUCCGAGAAGGUUAGGAAGGGGGAGGCUGGCGAGCAGGAGGAGAGCAAUGGGAUUGAUGGAGUUACAUUCGAGCUCGGGAUUACGGAGCGGCAGAGGAGGGUUCGUGAGGGGGUGCAGUUACCGUAUAUGGAUGCCCAGCGGGAGGGUGGUAUUGGUGGGGGCGGGGCUAUAUUGUUUACGCCGGAGAAGGAGGUGGAUGAUUUUGAUGAGGAGGAGGAUGAGAUUUAGGGUUUUAGCAUGAUGAGGGGAUUAAUCGGUUGGGAUUUUUGUAAAAUGGUAGCGGGAAGGGGGUGGUA